AGUCAUCACACAUCAAAUGAAUAGCUAAACAGUGAUUCUGUCUUGCAGUGAUUCUCCUUUAGCAUCUGUCUCUUUGAUUAUCUAAUCAUUAGAUACAUAAAAUCAUUUGUUUGCUCAUCACAUUUGUCAUAUCCUCUCUCUCUAUGCAACUUGCAUUCUGAAUUCACCUUUUCUUAUGAUUUGUUACAUAGAAAAAAAAUUGAGAAUCUAAAAGUAGUAACCAAGAGGUUCAAUAACUCAGAAUCUAUGUCUUCUUUACUUUCCAUGUACCAAUCCAAAGGGGUGGAAGAGAGGAAUGAAACAAGAGGCUAUAGUGAAGACUUUCAAGCAAUGUUAGAUAGAUUGGAACAAGAAGAUAGCUAUGAAGAUGGUAACUUAAUGUUGGAGAAGAAAAGAAGACUUGGUUAUGAUCAAGUUAAAGCUUUAGAGAAGAGUUUUGAAUUGGACAACAAGUUAGAGCCAGAGAGAAGAAUGAAGCUAGCUGAAGAAUUAGGUUUACAACCUCGACAAGUUUCGAUUUGGUUUCAAAAUCGUCGAGCUAGAUCGAAAACGAAACAAUUGGAAAGAGAUUAUGGUGUUCUUAAGUCCAAUUUUGAUGUUCUUAAGGUUGAGUAUAGUAAUCUUCAACAAGAGAAUCAAAAGUUAAGAGAGUUGAAAGAGAGAAUGUUAAGAGUGGGAAGAAAUGAGUUAGAAAUAGGAGGUGCAGAAAUCAAUUCAAGUGGUGUGAUUAAAGAAGAAAGUAAUGUUGAUUGUUCAAUGAUAAAUUUGGUUCAUUACUAUGAUGAUUCAAGAGGGUCUCAUGAGAGUGUGUUUCAGAAUCAGUUUAUGAGAAUUGAGGAGCAGAAUUUCUUUAGUAAUGGUGAAUUAUUCAGUUUCUUCUCUCUUGAUCAAUCACCUACUUUGUAAUAGAAUUUAGAUUGAAAAUUUUCAAGAAUAAUGAUAUUAUUAUUAUUAUAGAAA